CGGUGUCGCUGCGUGGAGACCAUACACAACAGCGGGACUUGGCUGUAACCUCGUAUUUUCAUUUUUCUCGCAACGAGACCAUAAUAUUUACGUCUCUGUUAUUGUUUUUUUCCUCGUGAGUGAAGUCUGUUUGACUCGACGGACAGAACUGAUUACGGACUUUUCAAAUACCUUCGCUAGAUGAAAAAGGAUUUUCACCGCAUUUGGCCCACUUCGACAACGUGGACUCUUGGCGGCAUCACUUGCAUUCGACGGAGGAAUUCGACCUACUUCUUGGACUAAUCGUGGGAAAUAAUUUAAUUUGCGGAUUAUAAGAAUGCUUCUGUCGAAACUCAACUCUCUAACUCAUAUUUCCACCGUGGAUAUGCCGGCGAAAAUCCAGCUUCAAGUUCAUCAAGUUAAAGAAAGGGAGCCGUUCGAGAAGGUGUACCAGGUCGGCUCUGUUUUGGGAAGCGGAGGCUUUGGCACGGUCUAUGCUGGCUUGAGGAUUGCUGACGGCGCGCCGGUUGCCAUCAAGCAUGUUGCGAAGGAUCGGGUGACCGAAUGGGGAGAAUUGCCCAAUGGCAGCCGCGUCCCGAUGGAAAUCGUCCUUCUGAAGAAAGUGGCCACCGGAUUUCGUGGCGUUAUCAAAAUGUUGGACUGGUACGAGCGGCCAGACAGCUUCAUCAUUGUCAUGGAGCGACCGGAGACCGUCAAGGACCUUUUCGAUUUUAUCACGGAGAAAGGCGCCUUGCCAGAGGAGCUGGCGAAGAACUUUUUCCGCCAAGUACUCGAAGCAGUGCGGCAUUGCCACAAUUCUGGCGUGGUGCACCGAGACAUCAAAGAUGAAAAUAUCCUGAUUGAUCUACGGACGGGCGAGAUCAAGCUCAUCGACUUUGGCUCGGGGGCACUGCUGAAGGACACAGUUUACACUGAUUUUGAUGGCACUCGUGUGUACAGCCCUCCCGAGUGGAUCAGGCACCAUCGCUACCAUGGGCGCUCGGCGACAGUGUGGUCGCUGGGCAUCCUCUUGUACGACAUGGUGUGUGGCGACAUCCCCUUCGAACAGGACGAGGAGAUUAUCCGCGCACAAGUGCUCUUCAGGCGGCGAGUCUCAGCAGAAUGCCAGCAGUUGAUUAAGUGGUGCCUGGCGCUGAGGCCCUCGGAGAGGCCGUCCUUCGAGGACAUCUUCAACCACCCGUGGAUGCAGGGCAGCGGCUCCUCAUCCACCACCUCCUCCUCCACCAUCAUCACGACCUCCGGCACCGAGAAGACCAUCAAGCCAGCGGGCACGGAGAUCCGCCUGCACAGCCUGGCCCACGACUCCACGCCCUUCCCCACCGUCAACGUGGGCAGCAAGUGAAAGACUGGGUGAAAGGUGACAAGACUGACAGUGACGGACAGUCCCCUGCGUUACAGCAGGGCGAGGUGGGACUCAAAACGCACGGGCACGCCCUGCCUGCCUGGCCUGGCCCGGCCUGCCUGCCUGCUACGCCUGUUGGCGAACUCCCUGCGCCAACACGAGGUCCCAAACAAAUGGACUUCCGGGCCCCAGUGCCUGGGAACCUCUGCCCUUUCGUGGACUGAAGGUGAAGGGUGAGCGUGUGUGUGUACGUACGCUCACGCACUCCCAAGUACCUGUGGAGAGUGGCAAGAGGCGCACGUUUGCUUUUUUUCUCUUUUGUUUGCGCAAGCAACUGCGUCACGACUGAAGUGGACUGUAAAAGGGAGUGAAUGAGUACUACUGUGUACUGUUGGGGCGUUGGUGAAGGCUAGAGAGCGAUUUUGGUUCUUAAUCCUCCUGCCUCACCUGCCCUAUUGAGCGCGAGAGAAAUGGUCAAGAAGAACCAUACCUCUUAAAGUCGCAUGUGGGCAUAAGUCAGAAAGACUGGGGUUUGGUGGGGAGUCUUUUUUUUUAUGUCAUCCUCUUCAGACUGUGUAAACGGCACAAAGAUGUAUGUGUUUGUUUGUGUGUCUUGUCUUGUCUGUCUACACCCUGCUGAACCUGCAGCGGGGCCGGCCUUGUUUUGUCUUGUGACGGACCAAGAUGUCGGCAAGAGAUGUGAGAUCCACUAAAGAUACUACUGUCAGCCACUCGCAGUCUGAGAGGCUCCCACUGUGCCCCAGUUAUGUCCCAGGAGACCCCGCUGUCGUGGGCCCCAGGCUCCAGCGGGUCUCCAGUUCAGUGCCUUCUGUGGGAGAGUUUUUAAAACUGUUUUGUGGGGGGAAUGUCGAAUUAUACUUGAAAUGGAUAGCCACACCACCACCACCACUACUACUACUACUACUACUAGUACUACUACUGCUACCUUUUCCUCUCUUCUUUUUUUCUACCACGCUGAAAGGGUUUCCCUCUUAACUCUAUAACAAUUUCCUGCAGCAAGCACAACAUGACUUACUUUACUUAUUCUAUUCUAUUCAGACCAGACAACCUCACGAGCAAUCUGCAACUUUGAAAACAGACAUACCUCGCUUCUUUGCGCUUUUCAUUCUUUUCUCUGCCUCUCCUCUAAGAUUCCCCCAUAUACAAACAGUUCUACUCCACAUAAGUCACGUAUGCAACACAGCAAUGCAACUACAAUACUGACGGAAACCUAUGAUCUGCUCUUUUUUUGUUAAUAUCUGUAAAUAUGUAUAUGAAAUAUAAGAAUAUAGAUAUAUGAAUUAUAUAUUUUUGUCUUGAACCUCAAAAAUUCCAAGACAAUGCGGUGUAAAUAAUAUUUAUUUGAGUGAGGUCAAUUUUUUUGUGUUUUGCAAAAGAUAUGGAAUUAUUUAUUUAUAGAUUUUGUUUUCCAUUUCACUCUGAAGGGCCCACAGAAUUAUUUAAGACCUAUUUUUUACCUUUAUUUAAGGUUUGAUGAAUUGUAAAUAUAUGCCAAUAACCUUCAAAGCACUUGUGUCUCUCAAUGCAUGGUGUAUUGAAAGUCUACUGACAAUUGUUGUUGGAGUGUCUCAGCUGAGAAUGUUCUGGAGAAUGAAUGAGAUGUGUGUAUGAGUUUACAUGGGUUUCACCUCCCAGCUGCAGAUGAUUGCAGCUUGGGAUUUUUGUUUCUUCCUGUCAACUGAAUUAGCAAUGUAAAUUAAAUUUAGAAACGUAUUUUUUUAUACUGUUUCAAUAAAUAUUUUUUUAAACUUGAA